GAAAAAAUAGUCACCGCCUUCGCUCGCCACAUUUCAUCGUUUGACACGUUAGAACACGCACGUUAAUUCUAAUCUUGUUUGAGAUUUCGUUGUCUAAAAGUUAUUUAUGAAUCAAGAUGAGUAUGAAACGGAGAUUUUAUGAAAUAAUGGACGAGCUCGUUGCAAGCAAGAAAGAUAAUAACUUUUAUCUUAAUAGGGACAAAUACGCAAAGUGUUUGGAGGAAGUAAAAGCUGCAAAGAACAUGAAAAAGAAACAAGCUGUUCAUUACAGGCGUAUAAAGCGUUACGACAUUUUGACUAUAGGCGGCGAAGAAAAACUAAUUGCACCUAUGAAGGAGGAGGAUGGAGAAAUAAGGUAUUACAUUUGUUACGAGGACUUAUUCAAUAUUCUCGAAGAAACACAUGUUGCUGUUGGCCACGGUGGAAGGACACGGAUGCUUAAGGAAUGUAACCGCAAGUAUAAAAAUGUAACAGUUGAGGCUACUAUGACAUAUUUGAAGCUAUGUCAACCUUGCCAAAAGAAACAGAAGACUUUGAAAAAGGGCAUUGUCGUCAGACCUAUACUUCACAGUGAAAUGAACUCACGCUGUCAGGUUGAUCUAAUAGAUCUACAAACUACCCCAGAUGGAAAUUAUAAAUUUAUUUUAGUUUACCAAGACCAUCUUACCAAAUUUGUGAUCCUUCGUGCGCUUCAAACUAAACGCGCCGUAGAAGUUGCAUACCAUCUUUUGGAUAUUUUCACCACUUUUGGAGCGCCGAGCAUCCUUCAUUCCGAUAAUGGUCGAGAAUUCUCUAACCAAGUUAUUGAGAGUUUAUGCUCCAUGUGGCCGGAUGUAAAAAUCGUACAUGGAAAGGCAAGACAUAGCCAAAGUCAAGGAUCAGUGGAGCGUGCUAAUCAAGACAUAGAAAAUAUGUUGAGCACGUGGAUGGAAACCAAUCAGUUAUCAAAGUGGUCAGAGGGUUUAAGAUUCAUCCAGGCAAUGAAAAAUAGAGCAUAUCACGAGGGAAUCAAAUGUUCCCCCUACGAAGCAAUGUUUGGUUGUCCAAUGAAAAUGGGCCUUGCAACUUCAGCAAUCCCUAGUGAUAUGAUUAGAGUUAUAAGAUCUGAAGAAGAUUUAGAGAAGUUGUUGCAUUCGCAUGACAAUACGGAACAAAAUAAUGACGUCGAAAAUGCAAUCGAACAGGACAAGGAAGAAAGCAUUGUUGAAAAUGAGUCAGAAGGGGAUAUAGACAAUAGCACUCUCAACGAUAAAACACAAGAAGAUGAAAUGAUUAUUACUGAGAAAAUGAAGGCGAAGCAAAUAACCGAUGAUUCCAAUGUAACGAUUCAGAGAGAUACCGAUUCAGAGACAGAAAACAUGAUUGAGUCUCAGGAAGUUCUUGUAACUAUAGAGCCAAUACCAAAAAAGAUAGAAUCUGUAGUGACUAUAAGAAACAACGCAAAAUUGAAUUUGGAAAAACAAGCUGAAAAAAUGAAAGCCACGUCUGUUGAUAAAUAUCCAAAUGUGAAAAUUGGCCAAAAUGUAAGACUGAAAGUGCCUGAAAUUGACAAAGCUAAAACCGACCCGAAAAGCGUUAUUGCAGUUGUAGUAGAUGUAAAGGACAACGAGUUUUACCAACUAGGUACCAAAAUUGGAGUACUAAAGCAGCUUUAUACACAAAAUCAAUUUACUUCAUGCCCUGAAGACUUUAUCAAGAUAGAAGAAGUUGUUAAAGGUAAAGAAGUGAGUCUUCGAGAAGUUGUCGCAAAAUUGUCUUUGACCGGAGGACAAGGUUUCAAGAAGUGCAACUGCUUAAAAAAAUGCCUAACGAAGAAGUGCGCUUGCAAGUCAUCAGGAUUACUUUAUAAUUCUAAAUGCCAUGAUAGCUCUCCAUGUUGUAACAAGUAAAAUCCUUUUUUACUUUUAUUAAAUGAACAAUGAAUACCAAAUGAUUAAAAAAAAUACUGUGAUUACUGAUUAGCUUAGCCGGGUAGGCUAUUAUAUUAUUUUUUACAAGAUAAUUUAAUUUUUGUUACGUUAAAAAAGUAUUUUUAAACUGUUUCACUAGUUAUUAAUAAAUAGGACUUAGUAAGUUUAUAAUAGUUGCAAUAAAUGAUUAUUAAAAUGCUCAUAGUUUUAUUUCCAAAACCAACAUUUACUGUCUUUAGUAAAACCUAGUAUGUACCAAAUUUUAAUGGUAAAAGUUCGGAAAAUCAUCUCACUUUAUAAAAAUCCUUACAUUUACCAACUCAUGUUGGUAAAUCCGAAGAUUUACAAGUAAAACCUAGGAUUUACCAGUAUACGGGCUUUUACAGUAACAUAAAUAUAAAUUAGCAGCAUAUCAAGCAUUGGUUACAAGGUGUUUUUAUACUGCUAAAGUAUAAUAUACAGGGAUGCAGAAAUAGAAAGAAUCAUGCAGGUAGCAGAAGCAUUGGGCUACAAGAGGAAUGUUAUAAAGGGGAUUGUCAAUAAAUUAGAAGUUGGUACAGAUAUAGUAUCUGUUCAAGGUCCAUCUACAUACACGAAAUUUACGUAAAACAAGCACUUAGGAAGCAUUAUGAAAGAAAUUGCAAAUAUAAAAGAUACAAGGAUGGUCUUAAAAAGAAUUUGUACAGAAUACUUAGAAAUGAUAAAGGGAUGGUUAAGAAAGAUAUGUCGGGUGUAUAUAAGAUCCCAUACGAGAAUCAGAUUAUUAGGAAUAAAUAAAGAAUAUGUUGGGGUUCCUACUAGA